CCGAGACGCCGCAGGUCAAGCACCGGGUGGCAAAGCAGCUGGCCCGGGCCGUGGAAGGUGGCCAGGCCACCGCGGCCUGUGACGCGCACCUCGGCGCCCAAGGCCCGUAGCCGCGCAGUUUCCUCGGGCGUCAGGCCGCCGCGCAGCCCGGCCGUGUACACGGGCCCCGCGGGCUCGCAGAGCAGGAGCGCGCCCGCCUCAGUCCCCGACGGGGCCUCAGUGCCUGGCUCGGUCUGCAGCCGCCGCAGCCAGCGGUCCUGCAGCCCCAGUAGCUCGGCGUACGGCACCCGACCCAGGCGCACCAGCCGAACUGCGGGUUGCCGCAUCGUCCCCGCCGCGGCGUCCGCGGGGCCCCGCCCUCUCCCUGGGCCUGGGGGCGUGGCCUGAGGGGCAGGGACUCAGGGGCACACCCCGAGCCGCAGCUCCCAGGCUGAGCAUCCGUAAUCUAAAAAUCUGAAAUCUGAAAUGCUCCAAAAUCCUAAACUUUUUGGGUACUGACAUUAUGCCACAAAUGGAAAAUUUCAUACCUGACCUUAUGUGAGUUGCAGUCAAAACACAGGUGCAAAAGACACAGUUCAUGCAACAUCCCCAACGGGAAAAAGACCCUCCCCACUCUCUUCUGCUGCAGUUUUUCUGCUCACACCUGGAUUUCCCCAUGCAUUCCCACAAAAGGUAAUUAAAUGGCACGUGUGCAGGCUGGACACGCCAACAACAGGUUUCCCACAAUGCCCCACAUGGGGCCAAGACCUAUGUGCAUUACUCGCUGCAUUUUUUUGCUUAUUCUCUGCUGUGUGGUGUAAAUAUAUUGUUGAAAAUGUCAAAAAGACCUAAAGAUACCCCUGUGAAUACCAGUGAUAAGAAAAAGAGGAAGCAUUUAUGUUUAUCUAUAGCACAGAAAGUCAAGUUGUUGGAGAAACUGGACAGUGGUGUAAGUGUGAAACAUCUUACAGAAGAGUAUGGUGUUGGAAUGACCACCAUAUAUGACCUGAAGAAACAGAAGGAUAAACUGUUGAAGUUUUAUGCUGAAAGUGAUGAGCAGAUAUUAAUGAAAAAUAGAAAAACACUUCAUAAAGCUAAAAAUGAAGAUCUUGAUCGUGUAUUGAAAGAGUGGAUCCGUCAGCGUCGCAGUGAACACAUGCCACUUAAUGGUAUGCUGAUCAUGAAACAAGCAAAGAUCUAUCACAAUGAACUAAAAAUUGAGGGGAACUGUGAAUAUUCAACAGGCUGGUUGCAGAAAUUUAAGAAAAGACACGGCAUUAAAUUUUUAAAGAUUUGUGGCAAUAAAGCAUCUGCUGGUCAUGAAGCAGCAGAGAAGUUUACUGGCAAGUUCAGUGAUGGUGAUGAACAAGAUGGUAACUUUGAAGGAUUCUAUAUGUCACGUGAGAAAAAAAUAAUGUCUGACCUCCUUACAUAUACAAAAAAUAUACAUCCAGAGACUGUCAGUAAGCUGGAAGAAGAGGAUAUCAAAGACGUUUUUAACAGUAAUAAUGAGGCUUCGGUUGUUCAUUCAUUGUCCAAUGGUGAAGUAACAAAAAUGGUUCUGAAUCAAGAUGAUCAUGAUAAUAAUGAUAAUGAAGAUGAUGUUAACACUGCAGAAAAAGUGCCUAUAGACGACAUGGUAAAAAUGUGUGAUGGGCUUAUUAAAGGACUAGAGCAGCAUGCAUUCAUAACAGAGCAAGAAGUCAUGUCAGUUUAUAAAAUCAAAGAGAGACUUCUAAGACAAAAAGCAUCGUUAAUGAGGCAGAUGACUCUGAAAGAAACAUUUAAAAAAGCCAUCCAGAGGAAUGCUUCUUCCUCUCUACAGGACCCACUUCUUGGUCCCUCAACUGCCUCUGAUGCUGCUUCUCACCUAAAAAUAAAAUAAAAUACAGUGUACAGUAACCUUUUAGUCAAAACAGCAUCAUACUUGGAAACUGAAAGCCUACUGCUAUUUGUUGUUGUUGCUUAACAGCUGAUACAGGUAUUCUGGUGACACUACUGUGCUGGCUUACUUAACCUGAAUACACUGUUUUUUUCAUUGUA